AUGCCGGUGACGUAUAAUUCGCGUAAUCCUGCUGUUAAACGGCUAAUGAAGGAAGCCCAGGAGCUUUCAGAACCAACGGAACUGUAUUUCGCAAAACCUCUAGAGGAUAAUCUGUUUGAGUGGCAUUUUACUAUAAGGGGACCGGAAGAAUCUGACUUUCACGGUGGAAUCUACCAUGGAAGAAUCCUUCUGCCUUCAGAAUAUCCUAUGAAGCCUCCAAAUAUAGUUUUACUUACACCAAAUGGUCGUUUUGAAAUAAAUCGGAAGAUCUGCUUAAGUAUAUCUGGAUAUCAUCCAGAAUCAUGGAGACCUUCAUGGUCCAUACGAACAGCACUUCUAGCAAUCAUAGGAUUUAUGCCCACCCAUGGUGUAGGUGCAAUAGGUUCGCUCAAUCAAACAAAAGAAGAACGUCAGAUGCUGGCUCGCAUGUCACAAAGUUAUGUUUGCAAUACGUGUGGACCGAUUGGAAAUCUUCUUCUUCCUCUAACAGCUGCUUCUUCGUCUAUGAAUAAAGAAGUCAGUCAAGCUGCAGCUCAGAUAUCUAUGAUGAGUGAAGAGGAGACUGCCAGUAAAAAAGCGUCAGAUGAGCCGUCUGCUAGUAAACAGAAUCCUGUUUCUGGUGAUUCAUCAGCACCAUCAGACAAAUCAUCCGUAAAUGUGAAUCCACCAUCAAAAGUAAUUAGCACUACUGCCCCACCUUCAUCUGCAACUACUUCAGUAUCUACAAGUCAAGGAAAUAUUUCUAGCCCUAUGGGAAAUGUAAAUCCAUAUAUUUGGCCAGGAAUUUCGCCAUAUAUGUAUCCUACUGCCCUCUCUCCUCCUGCUUCUAAAAUCACUGAUACUACAACACCUCAAAUUGCCUAUUGGUUGUGUUUUCCUGUUUACUAUCCUAUGCCAUAUCCUACAAAUCCGAGCCCAUCGUCGUCCAGUGCAACAGUUCAAGCGUCGUCAUCAACGUCAUCAUCAUCGACCGUAGCAACAAAUGGAGAACGUGUACCUUUAAGUUUCAGUGAAUGGUUAAAACAAAUUAGAGAAAAAGAAAAAACUAAGGGUCCACCUGCAGCAAAUACAGCCUCUGAUUCAUCUGCCAUCCAUUCACCCCAAAGUCAUGAAGGUGUAGGUCAGACGGGUUCAAGUUCAUCUGUACAGUCUAGUAGUGACAGAAGGUUUAAUGACUCACCUUAUUCAGGUAGCUUACAAAAAUCACAUGAAUUUGAUGAUCAUAUCAAUUCUGAAGUCAUCAGUACUCAGAGAGAUGAUGCCUGUAGUAAUAUGGGUUUAGUGCAUAAUAAAAAAGACAGUGGGGAGACAACUCAUCGAGCAUUUCCUACACAGCAAAAGAACAUUGAAAAAGUGGACUCUCUCUCCCCUGAAAAUAUUGUUGUCCAUUCACCACAAAAUGUUCAAAGUUCAUUAUACGCUGAUAGUCUCCCACACACUCAUGAACCUUUGAAUUUAUCGCCUCAUCAAAGUGAAUCAAAGUUAGUCUCAUCUAAUUUACCAUCUGAAUCAAUUACCAACGAUCCUUUAUCUGUUACAGUUACAAAACACUCUCCCACGCUAUCAGCAGAUGAUGCAUCAAAGUCUGAAUCCCAUUUAGCACAAACUGUAAAUCCUGACACACUUUUAUGCAUGACUUCAAAGAAUGAGAUACUCUCACAUUCUGAUACACAUUUAGUGGAACAGGAGCAUGGCAAAGUAUCAGAGACCUCAUUAGAUAACAGUGGUAUCAAUGGCACCAUCACUGCAGGAAGAAGUGAGCCACUGCCUGUGAAUACUGAAACAAUAGAUGUGAAUGAUAAACCUCAAUUAGACGUAUCUAAUGAUGAUUUGAACACAGCGAAAGUAGACAGUACUGUUGAUAAGGAUAUCGCUGUUAAAUCGCUGACUAAUCUGAUUGAAUCUCUUGAUAAUAUAGAUACUUGUAAGAAAUAUCGUGAACAAAAGGCAAGCAAUUUUUACUCUGGUGAGAAUGAAACUAUGGGAUUCCCUGAAAAGGAUAUGAAAAGUGAUCAACUUAUGUCUGGCAGCAGUGUUGAUUAUCAAGCUGGUGGAUUACGUAGUAGAAUUGGUGUAUCGCCUUCUAGCAAUCCUAGUCUCAGUGAAUAUACAUCCUCAAUUUAUUCAAUAAAUAGAAGACGACCAUCCCUUGUACCACAUGAUGCUGCAACUAUUUGUGCUAUCGGUGUAGCAAUUGCAUUAUUUGUAGUUGUUGUACGUCGGCUAGCAAUAAUGUUUGAAGACAGUUAGACGAGAGCAAAAAAAUCCCCGUUAUCUUAGAUGAAAUACCAUUCUUUCCCCUAAAGCCAACAGACAAUUAAAUAUCUCCAGUUGAAUAAUAUACACCCACUGGUGUGUAAACAAAAAUCAGAUAAUUUACAAAUUCAAGCCAAAAUCUAAUAUCUUUUAUUCUCUGCGUUCCUUACCUGUUUGAUUGUUUUAACUUCUGCUAUUUUAAAAAAAAACCUGAAGAUAAUUUUAAUUGCCUUAUCUUAAAGCAUCUUUUUAGAGAAAAACAAUUGAUAGAAACAAAAUUAUCUCUAAAUUAAAGUCAUUAGACUGCAAAUGAUUCAGUCCUUCUUUUUCUACACCCCUAUUAGAUGAAUUCUGUAGAUUUAUAAGAUAAUCAGGGAGAGUGUUGGUUCUCGCUUUCUGAAACCUAAUGAAGAUAGUAGAUAAAUGUGCAGUUAAUUUUUAUCUUGUAGCUGGUAUUCGAUAAUCUUAUGCCUUUCCACCAUUUGACAAACCUUAAUUUGCAAACUGGAUGUCGACAUAAAGAGGCACUUAGAAUAAAUUGUCUUGUAAUGUGCAGCACCCAAUCAGUAAACAAGAUGAGUUGACACUAUUCUAUAUAUUUUAUUUCAUGUAGAAUAUAGAAUAGCUAGAACGUUAGCAGCUUAAUUCACUCCACUAAGUGAAUUCUGUUGCCACUUAUGAUUAAAACAGUUCGAUUUUCGUUAUUAUCUAAAUAUAUCUUCUAAAGGUUCAGUUAUGAUCUAACUAGUUCAUUAACCUUAUAUACAAUCACUGUAAUAUUGUGUACUUUCGACAGUUCAUACGACCGAGUUUAGUUGAGCCAAAUGGUCUUAAGAAUUCAAACAUCUUAUUGGCAAUAAAUUAUUCAUUUUUCGGAGGAUAUCCAACAAUUUCUGUCCAAUUUGUUUCGUCGUGUUCUCUUCAUCGAUUGAUUUUAUAAAUUUUAAUUCAUCAGAUAGGACGGUUAACAACUUAUAAUCGCGAUUCAUUCAUACAAUUUCUUCACGUUUAUGAUGUGUUAGAAUGGCCUCCCUAUUUUCCUCAUAAAUUCUUCGAGUUCUUUGUCAACAAUGACUAGCUGUUCGGUUUGGUGUUCAUAUACGUAUGGCAGAUUUCAAGGACUUAUCGUCUAGUGCCAACAUCUGAAAAGGAUUCACAUUCUAAAUCACCAGUCCUUAACAGCUGUCACAAAUUCUUGUUUGAGUCAGCUUCACAUAGUAAAAUCCGUGGACUUAUUGCGGAAAAUGAAAUAAGGUCCGAGGUGUUAAAGACAAUAAUAUACAAUGUAAGAAACUUUUCCUACCGAAACGACUUUCCCGAGUGUAUCGUUUUCAAAAUACAG